AAUACGAGGAUUCUAACGAUGUAAAGCCGGAAGUGGAGAUCCCUGUGGAAUGGUGGCAAAAGGAGUUAUGCAGGCCAGAUGUCCUGAAUCUAAAGCCUUCCACGACGUAUUUGAGGUUACCGAUGCUUGGCAGCGAUAUCGUUCCCAGCCAGAAUGACUACAAUAUAUUCUUGGGAGAGACAGCGUGCAACCCUAGACCACUGUACAGGGCAUGGUGUUCUGUUGAAAGCUAUGCACACGAGAACCCCCUGGCCAAGGUCUGGUUCCAUACCACGUCUCCCGUGAUUGACAACGGAGACGGCCUCAUCACGAACCUCGAGGAGGCCUACGAGAACCUGAAGGUUGUAGGCACUGACCUCACCAAGAUUUUCAAUGGAACUCCGUGCGAGAAGAUAUUCAUGGCAGGGAAAUGGGCGCACAAUACACCUUGGCCUGCGAACAACGUAUCCAACUUGCUGAGAAAUGUGCUGCUGUGGCUGUGGGGAGGUUUGAACAGCGACACCGACUGUAUCUGCGUGAGGAACCUUACCCACAUACGGAACAUGGUUUCUUACGACGAAGAAGGCAAAGUGGCCAACAACGCCAUCAUGCACUUCGACGCAGGGCACCCGUUCACUUAUGAGCUUAUGGAAUAUCUGAAGGAAAACUUCAAGGUAGCCACAUGGGUGGUCAACGGCCCAGGGGCAGCAACAGCCAUAGCGAAGAAGGUGUGUGGAACAGAGGAUCUGAACGAAGUUUUGCUCCAUCACUGUGCAAACGUGACACUGCGUCCUCUGAAGGAAAUGCAGCUGUUCCGAUGGCCUGACUGGAACAACUAUUUCCAGGACAAUAAAGGAGAGCGUUUUGCGGAGGAGCACCAAGAUGCCUUCAUCGUACAUUUGUAUAACAAACUUAGCCAAAAAACGCCCAUCCGAAUUGGAAACAAGGGCAUCUAUGAUGAGAUUGCCAAAGCUCACUGCCCUAUCACUUACGCAGCUGCCAAACGGAGAGCCUACUUUUUCUAA